AUGGCAGUGGAGGAAAUUUCGUCCCGUAAGGACAUCAGCCUGAGAGAUAUGCAAAUCUCUGCCAUUCUAAAAAUGCUUUUUCUAAAUAAGGACUCGAACAACAACGACAACAUCACCACCAUCACUGACGAUAUCUUCAACCAGCAGGAGAUCGUCUGGAAGGUGUUGGUACUAGACAUUAAAAGCACCGCUACUAUAUCUUCCGUUCUCAGGGUCAAUGACCUGCUGAAAGCUGGUAUCACCGUUCAUUCCUUAAUUAAGCAGGAGAGAUCUCCCUUGCCAGAUGUUCCCGCCGUAUAUUUCGUCUCUCCCAUAAAGGAAAACAUUGACAUCAUAAUCAAUGAUUUAAAGUGCGACAAAUACUCAGAAUUCUAUAUCAAUUUUACCUCAUCUUUGCCCAGAAACCUCUUGGAAGAUUUUGCUCAACAAGUCUCUGUCACGGGUAAAUCUGACAAAAUCAAACAAGUGUACGACCAAUACUUAGACUUUAUUGUAACUGAGCCAGAAUUGUUUUCCCUGGAAAUAUCAAAUGCGUACUUGACGUUAAAUGACCCAAAAACUACAGAAGAGCAAAUCACAAGCCUAUGCGCCAACAUUGCCGACGGCCUAUUUAACACCGUGUUAACUACUAAUUCUAUCCCUAUCAUAAGAGCUGCGAAAGGUGGACCUGCUGAGAUUAUUGCUGAAAAGCUAGGAAGCAAAUUGCGUGACUUCGUCAUCAAUACCAAUGCUUCAUCGGCCUCCACUUUACAGGGAAAUGACUCUUUGGAGAGAGGUGUUUUGAUUAUUCUGGAUAGAAACAUCGAUUUUGCCUCAAUGUUCUCACAUUCGUGGAUUUAUCAGUGCAUGGUUUUUGAUAUCUUCAAACUAUCGAGGAAUACAAUAACUAUUCCCUUAGAAAGUAAAGAAAAUGGAGAUGACACUACUACGACAAAGCCAAUAGCAACCAAAAAAUAUGAUAUAGAGCCAAAUGAUUUCUUUUGGAUGGAGAACUCUCACUUACCAUUUCCAGAAGCUGCAGAAAAUGUUGAAACAGCUUUGAAUAGAUACAAAGAAGAAGCCGCAGAAAUCACUAGAAAAACUGGUGUGACCAACAUAACAGACCUAGAUCCAAACUCAAAUAAUGAUACAGUUCAGAUUCAGGAGGUUGUGAAAAAACUUCCAGAAUUGACAGCGAAGAAAAAUAUCAUUGAUACUCAUAUGAAUAUUUUUGCUGCAUUAUUGUCACAAUUAGAAAGUAAAAGUUUGGAUACAUUCUUUGAGGUAGAACAAGAUCCCGGUAACACUAAAACAAGAUCUAGAUUUUUGGAUAUCUUAAAAGAUGGUAAGACUAAUAAUCUUGAAGAUAAGUUGAGAUCAUUCAUUGUUCUUUAUUUAACAGCAACUACUGGAUUACCAAGAGAUUUUGUCCAAACUGUGGAAGAUUAUUUCAAAGAUAAUGAUUACGACAUCAAUGCUCUAAAGUAUGUUUAUAAAUUGAGAGAGUUCAUGCAAUUAUCCAAUAUGUCCUUACAAAAUAAAUCACUGGAAGAUGGUACUGAUUCCACUUUUAAGCCAAGCAACUUAACAUUAUCCGGUAUAUAUGGGUUAACUGAAGGUAAAUUACAAGGGGGUGUAGGAAGUUUGAUAUCUAGUAUUAAGAAAUUACUUCCUGAAAAAAAAACCAUCCCAAUAACAAAUGUCGUCGAUGCGAUAAUGGACCCUUUAAACAGCUCCCAAAAAAACUUGGAAACUACUGAUGGUUACCUAUACAUUGACCCCAAAAUUACGAGGGGUUCGCAUACUAGAAAGCCAAAAAGACAAUCUUAUAAUAAGUCAUUGGUGUUUGUAGUUGGUGGUGGUAACUACCUCGAAUAUCAGAACCUUCAAGAAUGGGCACAUUCUCAAUUGCAUAAUCCCAAAAAAGUCAUGUAUGGUAGCACAGCCAUUACUACACCAGCUGAAUUUUUGAAUGAGAUUUCUCAACUUGGUGCAAGCAAUGACAACAGUGAUGCAUAA